UGUAGCCGUCAUGGCGAGCUCUGCGGCCUCUGCCGUGCGGCCACCCAGGCCCAAGAAAGAGCCGCAGGCGCUCGUCAUCCCCAAGAAUGCGGCGGAGGAGCAGAAACUCAAGCUGGAGCGGCUCAUGAAGAACCCGGACAAAGCCGUCCCAAUUCCAGAAAAAAUGAGCGAAUGGGCACCUCGACCUCCCCCGGAAUUUGUCCGAGAUGUAAUGGGCUCCAGUGCAGGGGCUGGCAGCGGGGAGUUCCAUGUGUACCGGCAUCUGCGGCGGCGAGAGUACCAGCGCCAGGACUACAUGGAUGCCAUGGCCGAGAAGCAAAAACUAGAUGCCGAGUUUCAGAAAAGACUGGAGAAGAACAAGAUGGCUGCCGAGGAGCAGACGGCCAAGCGGCGGAAGAAGCGCCAGAAGUUAAAGGAGAAGAAAUUACUGGCCAAGAAAAAGAAGCUGGAGCAGAAGAAACAAGACGAGGGCUCUGGCCCGUCCCAGGCGCAGACGCACAGCAGCUCCGAGGAAGCAUCUGGAUCAGAGGAGGAGGAGGAAGAGGAGGAGGCGCCCAGCUUCGUCAUGAGCCGAUGACCUCGUGUGGCUGACAUUCCCCGUGAUGGGCCCCACUGCCCUCCCUGACCGGGGCAGGAGGCUUGGUCCCACCCACUUCCUUCCCUGGCCUCUGGACACGGCCACAGGCCAUCCUGACAGCUGACAGCUCCCAGCCCUGCCCAACAGCAGUGGACAAGGCAGGCCAGCUCCGGACACUCAGCCCUGCGCCGCCAGCUCCCUGCUGCUGCCUGCUACCCGGGGGGAACCUCGGCUCUGUACCGGCCAGCCACAGACUGGCCAGCUGAGUCAAGAGCAGAAGCGUGUGCUGACGUUAGUCCGGCCAGCGCCGAGUGGGGGAGGCUUCCACAGGUACCCGCUAGAGCAGCCCCGUGAGGGGAAGCAGCCCAAGGUGGGGGCUGGGAGUGGCCCCCGCUGCCCCCCUCAGGGGCACCAGUGUCCAGUCUGUGCCUUUGCUGCCUUAGGGUCUGUCUCCAGCUCAGUGUGGUGACUUUCCUGGAGCAGGAUGGAUGCACGGGUCGGUGGUUUUCUGUGAAGGGGAUCCAGGGCCUUGGGGGCCCCCUGGAGCUGGCAGCAGAUGGUCUGUGCCCAAUGUGCCCCGGACUCUCCCUGGAGGUGCAUGACUGGCCUGGUGUGCCAGAGGGACAGCACAGGGGUUAAGGCAUUUUCCUUGCACUUGGCCAACCCCGGUUCAAUCCCUGGUACCCCAUAUGGUCGCCUCAAGCCCUGCCAGGAGUGAUGUCUGUGCACAGAACUAGGUGUGGCCCAAAUCCCCAAAUAAAGUAAAAUGUUCCAAAGA